AUGCCGAGGACUAGAGCUACCGGAGUUAGGGGGAAGGCAGCCCCCGAGAUUGGAGUAGCUGCAGAGCAGGCUCCUGCGGGCCAUGCACCCCCAGUUCAUGAUGACAGACUCGACAGGAUGUUGGGGUUAUUGGAGUGUCUUGCUCAGGGUGCAGCAGGUAUACCAGCGGGGUUACAGGCUUGGGUAGGGGCACAGGCCCCUGGUUAUCAGCAUCAGAUUUCAGUGGUUACAGAGCCGGUGGUUCAGCCACCACAGGUUCCAGCACCGGUUGUAGGUGUACCGGCGGCCCUUGAGGUGGCCUUGGCAGAGGAUGACCGGGUCUGCUAUGAGCGGUUUCAGAAAAUGAAACCACCUCAGUUUCAUGGUGCUAAGACUAAUGAUGCUCACGAGUUUUUGACCUUGAGUCGAGAGAUGUUGGCGGCGGUACGCAUGUUAGAUGAGAGGGGCAUCCGAUUUAUGUCCCUUCAGUUACGCGGUGUCGCUAGGGAGUGGCUGAGGACUUUCAUGAGUUCGAGACCAGCGGGAUCUCCCAUGGAGUGGAGUGAGUUUGCUAGUGCCUUCGAGGGUCGUUUCAUCCCUUGGAGUGUACAGGAGGAUAGCCGUAUGAGGUUUGAGAGUUUGGUGCAGGGUAGCAUGUCAGUCACAGAUUACGAGGCUCAGUUCUGUCAGUUGUCGAGACAUGCCUCUGCUUUGAUUUCAGGUGAGCGUGAGCGGAUUCGCAGAUUUGUCAGGGGUUUGACUCCCACUAUCCGUAGUUAUGUGUUUAGAUCAUCUCGAGAGGGUGCUUCCUUCCAGACUAUAGUGAGUGCAGCCAGAGAGGCUGAGUUGCUUGAGCGGGAUGAUUUUGGUGGGCCCAAGAGGGUCCGUACAGGUGGUCAGUAUGCAGGUACCUCGUCAGGAGGUAGGGGCCCACACAGGGGAGGCGGGUCCUUCCUGCGUCAGAGGCCAGUACAUGUUUCAUUACUAGCUAUCGAGGGUGGGCCAGCAGCUCGGGGUCCUCCAGGUUCGGGUCGAGGUGGUUAUAGCAUUACUUCGGGUUUUUCACAGUCAGGAUCUACACCGAGGUCUUGUUAUGGUUGCGGUGAUCCAGGCCACUUGAUUCGUCAGUGUCCACAUCAGACUCAGUCUGGACCACACCGUACUGUCUCCGCGGUCCCAGAGAGAGAUUCAACACCUCCGGCUAAAGGUCGGGGUCGGGGAUCGACAUUUGGUAGAGGCGGACGAGCUUCAGGUAGAGGUGCUAGUGAUGCCUCAGGUUCACAGAGUGGGGGCAGAGGUGCCCAGUGUUAUGCUUUUCCUGGGAGGCCCGAGGCUGAGGCUUCUGAUGCAGUUAUCACAGGUAUCAUCUCAGUUUGUCAUCGGCCUGCUUCCGUGUUAUUUGAUCCUGGUUCUACAUUCUCAUAUGUGUCUACAUGUUUUUCUUCUGACCUUGAGUUGACUUGUGAUCGUAUGUCUGUGCCUAUUAGAGUCUCUACACCUGUAGGUGAACCCUUAGUGGUGAAUAGAGUAUAUCGAUCUUGUUUUGUUGUCUUAUCGGGGUAUGAGACUUGGGUGGAUAUGAUUCUUCUUGAUAUGUUAGACUUUGAUGUCAUAUUGGGUAUGGACUGGCUUUCCCUCUAUCAUGUGCUUCUUGAUUGUUAUGCUAAGACUCUCACCUUAGCUAUUCCGGGUAUUCCUAGAGUGGAGUGGAGAGGGACUAGUGGUUCGUAUCCCAAUAGGGUCAUAUCUCAUAUUCGGGCUCAGAGGAUGAUGGACCGGGGUUGUUUAUCUUAUUUGGCCUUUAUUCGGGAUGUUGGAGCUGAGUCACCGGCCAUGGAGUCAAUUCUGGUGGUUCAGGAGUUCCCUGAUGUGUUUCCCGAGGAUCUACCUGGUGUUCAUCCUGUUCGUGAUAUUGACUUCUCUAUUGACUUGGAGCCGGGCACCAAGCCCAUAUCUAUUCCACCUUAUCGUAUGGCUCCAGCUGAGUUGAAGGAGUUGAAGGAUCAGAUUCAGGACUUAUUGAGUAAAGGAUUCAUACGCCCUAGUGUGUCGCCUUGGGGUGCACCGUCACCCGAGUGUGAGGCGAGCUUCCAAAGGCUCAAAUCCCUAUUGACUUCAGCACCUGUCUUGACUUUGCCAGAGGAGGGUGUUGGAUUUACUUUUUUUUGUGACGCUUCGGGUGUUGGACUUGGAGGUGUUUUGAUGCAGAAGGGUAAGGUUGUAGCCUAUGCCUCUAGACAGCUGAAGACACACGAGAGGAAUUACCCCACUCAUGAUUUGGAGUUGGCGGCUGUGGUAUUUGUGCUUAAGUUGUGGAGACAUUACCUAUAUGGUGUUCAUUGCGAGGUAUUUACUGAUCAUAGGAGCCUACAGUACAUAUUCACUCAGCGGGAUCUGAACUUGAGAUAG